AUGUCUUCCCACUCCUCCCGACCAUUCUCGACCACAUCACAGGUCUACCCGGCGUACCUCCCAACGCUGCACAAAUCACGCCGCGUAGAGAGGAAGCUGGCUACGGCGACCGUCGCUGCAGUCGGCAUUGGUUACGGUCUGGCGAGAUACAAGCAGAGCAUGGACCAGCAACGGCGGUACUCUCAGAGCAUGCAGGCAGAGGCCGCAGUUCGACGGCAAUCCGAUGCCAUGAUGAUGGACGCCUACGGUGACCGCUCCAGCCUGGCUGAGCUUGAGGCAGCUGUCGCGGCGUACGAUGCACAGCGGAAGAACUAG